AAGAAACAGCGUGCUUAGACGGCAUGCGUAGGCAGCAUGCUGGACUUUAAUUCGCAACAAAUCAUUUCUCAACAUCCUAUUGGGAGUGGUUUGGAUGAGUAUCGCGCUCUCGUUCGCACAAGAUGUGAGGCUCAAGGAUUGCAGCCUGCGGCCUUUCACAUGCUCAAUAACGAAUCGCUCAAAGAGAUUGUCAUCAAGCUACUAUUAUCGCUACUGUCGCUACCUGCUGCACAAUCGCUGCCUUCCCGAAGUAGCGGUGGUCUAUUUAUUGCUCUAACAAAGCUUCUAGGCAGCGUCCACAAGGAAAAUGUCGACCGCGGCCGGCUGAUGCCUCUUCUUGGGGCUGCGUUGGACGCUGACUCGGACUCUGACUCUGAUCAGGCCGUAUGGGAAAUUGUUACCAAAUCUGUGGAAGAGUCGACCCCUCCGCCACAAACAGGAGCUGUAGCUUCACAGCAGACUCCGCCGGAGCAAAAGCCGGCCUCGAUUUCACAACAGACUCCGUCAUUUGUGAAUAGCGGGAGCCUUAUGAACACGUCAGAGUUCCGUAAAGACACUGAUUACGUUCUUAACCAAGAGCUUAGCAAUAUGUAUGUCAAUGUGCCCAAUUUUCGUCAGUUGUAUUUUGGCCUCGACAGUCACAUUGCUGCCUUGGUUCUUGAGCGCUGCACGCAGGGCGAUGAUCCUCUUUUCAGCGAGAGAUGGAAUGGAUGGCCCCAAAAUCCAGAGGAAUCACAUGUCCUUGCUUGGUUUUCCAACUUAAAUACGAAGCUUGUCGAGCUAGCAAGAAGCGUAGAUCCCGCUCUACAGCUUCAACGACCACUGAGACUAAGAACAAAACCGAAGGAGCCCAUUAUUGGAUCUACGGCAAAACGCAUGAUGGAUAUUGGAUACGUGGGGAUCGUGGACGGCGAUGAAGCCGUCGACUUCAAACAUCAUUGGUCCCAUGUCAUGAUAGUGGGUGAAUUGAAGAGCAGCCCAGGAACUGACAACCGCUCUGGCUGCUGGCUUCACGUCGCGAGAUACGCUAGAGAAGUACUCGCUGCUCAAGCCAAUCGCCGGUUUGCUUUUGAUCGCCUUGGGGGCAUCGCCUCUGAACGAUUCGACGUUAACCAAAACCCCCUAGAGUUUAUAUCCUCUGUUCUCGGCUUCGUCAUGAUGAACGACGAACAGCUGGGAUAUGACCCCACCAUUAUAAAGUCUGGGACGCAGCAGUACAUCGAGGUCCGUCAUGACGGUCAAGCAGAGCGAUUCAUCCUCGAUAAAUUGAUAUUUCGCCAAGCAUGCAUUGUUGGGCGGGCAACUACUUGUUGGAAAGCACACCAUGAUGAGGAUGACGGCGAGGUCAAAAAAGUCUAUGUGAUCAAAGAUUCUUGGCAAUAUCCCGAACGCAGUGAAGAAGGAUUGAUGCUCCAAGAGGCAACCAUUAAUGGAGUCAAAAACAUGGCAAAAUAUUAUCAUCAUGAAGUUGUCCAAGUAGGCGGCAUUGAUGAUGAUAUUCGUGGCAAUGUUCGGAAGGGCCUAGACUUGACAGUAGCUACCGUAUCACGACCUGUGGACUCGGAAGCGUCGUCUCCAGCAGUAUCCGUGCAGAUAUCAAACCCAAAUAGUUUGAUCGCCGGCCAACGCGAAACUCCCGCUGGUCAGAGUAGCAAUGCUGGAGGUGGAAGAAAGCGUGCACUGUCACGGGUUGAGUCACGGUUGCAUCCACGGAAGCGACGGUCGCCCAUGUCCACACAGACGUCUCGCAACGAUGAAACGGGGAAUCGCAUCCAUCGCAGGCUCAUUGUUCAAAGCUACGGGAAGCGCAUCCACGAGGCCGGCUCUCCAAAGGCAUUACUUGCUGGCCUAGAAGACUGUAUUAACGGACACGAGUCUCUGCGUCGUGAGGCCGGCCUACUGCAUCGAGACAUCUCCAUCAACAAUCUCAUGAUUAAUGAGGAGGAGGAAGACCCCUCCCAACGUGGAUUUCUCAUCGAUCUCGACCUCGCUAUAAAAGAGGCACGGACUGGCGCUUCGGGAGCGAAGAGAAAGACGGGCACACGCGCGUUUAUGGCUAUUGGGGCCCUUCGUGGGGUCCAACACUCUUUCAUGCACGACCUUGAAUCAUUUUUCUGGGUUCUUUACUGGAUAUGCAUUCAUUACGACGGGCCGGGCAUAUCUAUUGGGGCUACUGAGUUUGAAAAAUGGAACUACACUAAUGAUAGACAGCUGGCGUGGUCGAAAUCCGGGCUCGUUAGCGAUGAGUAUCAGUUCCUUGACGACGCAAAGAGGGAUUUUACUGAAUACUAUCUGCCACUACUGCCGUGGGUCAACAAACUAAGAAAAGUUGUAUUCCCGAAUGGCAAGCCGUGGACGGAGCCGGAUGAGGGAUUGUAUGCAAGGAUGAAGGACAUUCUUCGGGAGGCUAGGGAAAGUCAAGACCUAUGAUUGAUGAGUUGUACGAUUAUGAGCGUGUUACGAUGUGAUUAGCAUGUUUUGUUUCAAGGAUAUAGUUCGUUUCUCUAGAUGAUGGAGCGAAUAUUACAUUAUAUUACUUU